UUUCUGAAAAGAAGAGCAGCUCUUUUAUAUUCCCCAAAUUUGUUUUUUGUACUAAAUGUCAGCCAGAAUGGCCAGAUUCCGCACAGAUUGCAUAGAGAGACCCAUACGCAUCUGUUUUGAGAGGAUGGGUCAUUUUAUUGGAUCUCAUCCCUGGUGGUUCUUGAUUGCUCCCCUUAUUCUCUCGACAGGUCUGGGGAGCGGAUUUUUAUUUCUCAAUGACAGAAUGUCAAACAAUAUCGAAGAGCAAUUUACACCUGUCGAUGGACAAGCCAAGAUGGAAAGGAAAUACAUCCAAGAAACCUUUCCAGGAAAUGAUUCCAUGUUUUCCCGUUUAAGACUGAGCACAGAUGGAAGUUUUGCUACUCUCAUAGCUACAAGUGACAGCAAUAUUCUGACUGUGGAGUCACUUCAGGACAUCCUAGGCUUGGACUUUAAAGUCAGAAGUAUGGUAGUGCAGUUUGACAACCACUCAUUUGAAUAUAUGGAUGUUUGUGCUGAGGUGUUGGGAUCUUGCAAUUCUAAUGAGAUUUUAGAUAUCAUUGAAUACAAAGCCAACAAUAUAGACACAGUCAAUCUGACAUUUCCGUGGUAUGACUCUGAUUUUCGGAGCUUUACUUUAUAUUUAAGUCUGGGGAGUGUGAAUUUGCACAAGGAGAGCUCAGUUGUUGAAAGUGCUAAAGCCAUACAGCUCCAUUACUAUUUACGUGAGGACAACAAGACAAAAACUGACCUUUGGCUGGAAAGCUUCAUUCAUUUGGUCUCAAAUGUAUCAUCAACUUCCACUCAGGUGUCUUACUCAACCUCCAUGUCAAUGCAGUGGGAAUUUCAAAAAUCCACAGCUUCCAUCAUCUAUUUAUUCUCCAUCACCUACGCCAUUGCCAUCACAUUUUCAAUCAUAUCCUGUUGGAGGUUGGAUAAUGUGAGGACAAAGGUGUGGGUGGCAUCCUGUGGGGUGCUCUCCACAGGUCUAGCAGUCCUAAGCGGUUUUGGUGCGCUGUUGUUGCUGGAUCAACCUUUUGUCAUGACAGUUGCCUCCUGCCCUUUCAUGAUAUUAGGUAUUGGAUUGGAUGAUAUGUUCAUCAUGAUUUCUUGCUGGCAGAGGACCCGUGUUCUGGACAGCGUCCCCGACCGGCUGGCUGACACCUACAAGGAUGCUGCCGUCUCCAUCUCCAUCACCACGCUGACCGAUGCUCUGGCUCUCUUCCUGGGCUACAGCUCGCCCUUUGGUUCAGUCCAGUCCUUCUGCCUGUACGCUGGGAUUUCUAUUUGCUUCUGCUAUUUGUACAGCAUCACUUUCCUGGGGGCGUGCAUGGCUUUGAAUGGACAGAGGGAAGCAGAGAACAAGCAUUGGUUCACCUGUGCCAAAAUCCCAGAAGACUUACCAACCAGGAACUCCAAAGCCUUCAGUAUCUGCUGCGUUGGGGGGAGCUACGAUCGAAUAACUGAAAAGGAGGAAACUGAGCCCAUGACUCACAUUUUUGAGCGGUUCUAUGGCCCAUUUCUGACCCACAAAUGGAUGAAGUCAUGUGUAUUUGUCAUUUACGCAGGCUAUCUGGCUGUUAGUAUCUAUGGUUGUUUUAUCUUGAAGGAGGGACUCGAUAUCAAGAAUCUGGCUUUAGAUGAUUCCUACAUCAUUAAUUACUACAACAAUCAAAGGCAGCACUUCUCUGAGUAUAGCUGUAUCGUGAUGGUAACAGUAAAGCAGCCCUUGCCUUACUGGGAUCACGAUGAACAGAAGCGUCUGCACUCAUGCAUUUCAAAUUUUGAAAGUCUGAACUUUGUCAAUGGCACGUUUGCUUGGUUUCUUUCCUUUCAACAGUAUGCAAAAUCAACCGGUCUCAAUAUAAGUUCUCCAGAGGCUUUCCAAACACAUCUGCUCCAUUUCUUAGAACUCAACUCCAUGUUCAAGCAAGACAUCAACUUCACAGCAGACAAUGAGAUUCAGGCCUCUCGCUUUUUCAUUCAGUCACUCAACAAAACCACGAUGAAGGACAUGAUGACUGGACUCAGGAAAACAGCGGAGGAUUGUCAAAUAGAGCUCCUGGUGUACCACCCUGCAUUCAUCUACUUUGACCAGUAUACUGUCAUUAUGGACAACACCGUUCAAACCAUCCUGGUGGCUGUGAUGGUGAUGCUCGUCGUCUCACUCAUUCUGAUACCCAGUCCUUUUUGUUCUGUGUGGGUGGCUUUUGCUGUUUGUUCAGUCAUUGUUGGUGUGGCAGGCUUUAUGGCUCUGUGGGGCGUAAACCUGGACUCUAUUUCCAUGAUCAACCUGGUCAUGUGCAUUGGUUUUUCUGUAGAUUUCUCAGCACAUAUUUCUUACUCUUUUGUGUCGAGCUGUAAGAGUGACGUCAAUGAGAAAGCUAUAGAUGCUUUGGCCCAUUUAGGCUAUCCGAUACUACAAGGAGCAUUGUCCACUAUUUUAGGAGUGGUGGCGCUGUCCAUGUCUAGGAGUUACAUCUUCAGGACAUUCUUCAAGAUCGUGUUUCUUGUCAUUACAUUUGGGCUACUCCAUGGCUUAGUGUUUAUUCCGGUGUUUCUGACACUGUUUGGGGCCUAUAGGAAGUGGUGUUAAAAUGGGCAUUUACCAUUAAACUGAAAUUUGAAUUCUUCAUUCUUUUUGUGUAAAGAAACGUAAUCUAAAAUGAUACUGCAGCUGUUGUGCAUAAUUUUCCCUUUUUUUUUGUGGAAACGGUGACUAAGUUUCCAGCCUCUUUCCAGUCUCCUUGUCAACACGUGUUUCCCUGUACCUAACCUGAGCCCAAAGCAACUGCUGACGAUAUCUGCCUCACAGCUAGCCCACUGCCUGUGUGUCUGUUGGAACUACAGUGAUACUAUGAAAUACGUUUAGUGCCCACCUCCACAGAUAUCGAACCAAUCAAAUUACAGUACUGACAUCAUCAUUUGGAAGCAACACUAAUGUAGAUCAGUGGUUUUAAACUUUUCUUUUUAAACGGACACAACUUAGACCACAGACCCUAUUUUAUAAGAUUUGACUCAGGGUCCUCCAUCUGAUUUUUGCUUUUAGAUGUUUCAUUACAGAAUGGUAUAAAACCUGUGGCCAAAAUCGUCAUACACUGCCACUGUCUUACUUGUGGAUGGAAUUAUAGUGAAAAUGUAUGAUUCCGCUUUUUUCUGAGGACCCCUAGAAUCCUCUCAUGGACCCAUGGACUCCCACUUUGAAACCA